GCUGUGCUGGCUCUAGGACCCGGUGUCCCCUCUUGCGUCUUUUGGCUACUUGAUGCUCUCCGGGCUCACGCCUAUGGAUUACAAACAAGCCGCUUCAGCCCUCAGAUGAGCAGCUCAGGAUAUAUAGACGGACUGUGUGUCUUGGCGAGCAGGAGUCGCCUCUGGAUUGUUUCCGUAAAGAUUCACAGAAGAAGGCAUAUCUCACUAACAGUGCUCUCAGCGUGCCAGUCUAUAUGCAUACGCCCGUCAGUCUACGGGUGAGACACUUCUGGAAGCGCGAGGUUCAGGGGCGCAACUUUUCUUAUUUCUUUGUCUCAAAGGAGCUGCGCUUUGGUGAAUCGAAGGGAAUAACUCAACAAUGAGUCGGCGAUGGGGUCAUUCGCAUGGAUUUCUAGUCUACCUGUUUCUGCUGGCUUUAUGGCGUGCAUGUUCUGAGGCAGAUGUAUCCGGCUCAGAUGCCUUUAAAAACAACAUUACCCUCUUCACACGGAUUUUGGACCGUCUGCUUGAUGGCUACGACAACAGGCUGAGACCUGGUCUUGGAGAUCGAGUAACAGAGGUGAAGACUGAUAUCUAUGUGACCAGUUUUGGACCAGUAUCAGAUACAGACAUGGAAUACACAGUGGAUGUGUUUUUCCGUCAGCGCUGGACAGAUGAGCGGCUAAAGUUUAACGGGCCAAUGAACAUCCUGCGUCUCAACAACCUGAUGGCCAGUAAAAUCUGGACUCCAGACACUUUCUUUCACAACGGCAAGAAAUCUGUGGCUCACAACAUGACCAUGCCUAACAAACUACUGCGGAUUAUGGAGAAUGGCACUCUACUGUACACUAUGAGGUUGACAGUGCAAGCUGAAUGCCCAAUGCAUCUUGAGGACUUUCCAAUGGACUUUCAUUCCUGUCCGCUUAAAUUUGGCAGCUAUGCUUACACUCUGACAGAGGUGACAUAUGUUUGGACUCGUAAUGCCACCUUAUCGGUGGAAGUAGCUCCAGAUGGAUCUAGACUUAACCAGUAUGACUUAAUGGGACAGACUGUUGGCAAGGAAACCAUCAAGUCCAGUACUGGUGAAUAUACAGUGAUGACUGCCCAUUUCCAUCUGAAGAGGAAGAUUGGGUACUUUGUGAUCCAGACGUACCUGCCUUGCAUAAUGACAGUCAUCUUAUCCCAAGUCUCUUUUUGGCUCAAUCGAGAGUCUGUCCCUGCACGCACAGUUUUUGGUGUGACUACAGUACUAACGAUGACCACUCUGAGUAUCAGCGCUCGAAACUCUUUACCAAAGGUGGCCUAUGCCACAGCCAUGGACUGGUUUAUUGCUGUGUGCUACGCAUUUGUUUUCUCUGCUCUCAUCGAGUUUGCCACAGUAAACUACUUCACCAAGCGCGGCUGGGCCUGGGAUGGCAAGAGCAUUGUCAAUGAUAAGAAAAAGAAAACAUCUGUUAUUAAAAAGAAUAACGCAUAUGCAGUCGCCGUGGCAAACUACGCGCCCCACAUUGCGAAGGACUCUGCUCUGCCCACUGUCUCAAAGAGCGCCACAGCGGAGCCCAGUAAAGCUCAGCCAGUGGCUAAAGAAGCACUGAAGACCUUCAACAGCGUCAGCAAGAUUGACCGUAUGUCUCGCAUCAUCUUUCCAGUGCUUUUUGGCAGUUUUAACCUGGUCUAUUGGGCCACAUAUCUCAACAGAGAGCCUGUUAUUAAGAAUAUGGUGCCCUCCCAGUGAGCCGUUAGCUAUUGCACAUGCAAUCAUCCCUCUAUACUACAAAACUAUAAUAGCAGUUUUUGUACAAAUUCUUUAGUGUACUUCUGACGUUUCUGUAUGGCAGCAUUAAGAAAUUAACAAAUUUUGCAGUCUCUUUGCAAUCUUACCACUGCCAGGACAAUUUAAAGAGCAACUUAUCAUACUUUAACAGGACAAAUUGACUUAUUUCCACAGCUUUAUUUUUUUGUAUGUUGUUAUGUGAUUUGGUAUUUAACUGAUCAUUUUUUCCCUUGCCUAUUUCUGCAGAGUUUUUAUUUUUUUUAACUACAUUUGUAUAUAAUACAGUAUAUUUAUAAAAUAUCAACCUCCAUUUAAACGAAGUGUUUGUCAAUGUAUUUUGUGUUUUGGCUAAAUUAUGAAUUAAGCUCAAAGGUAUUGUGCAUAAAUGACGUACUGUUUAAAAUGUAAGUGCUAACUAAAUGUCAUAGCUGUGUUAUUUUGUUAUAACUGCACUACAGUAUCUGUAAGACAGAUCACUGCACCUUUAUAUUGACUGAUGUAGCAUUUCAAGUCAAAUGAAGUAUGGCACCUUAUUUUCUCGCAUCAAAGUUGAUUGCAUAUUAGCUUUCACUCUCAUCACGCACCUGUGCCUCUAAUUCUCAGCCAUAAGCAAUGCAUCAUCAAUGAAAGCGCACACCCACACAUGGUUUAAAGGUAAAUGAUUCAAUGAGUUUGUUUGAAGCACCACAAUGCUUUGUAUUGUUGUGGACACUUUGAUCCAUGAGCACAGUCUCAAGUGGAAUUAGCACUGCAUUUAAGCCACUGCUGUUUCUUUUGUUCACAGUUAAUGGAAAAUGUUGCUGAGAUUUUCCGAAAUAGUUUACAUUUUUAAUUUGCUUGGGUUGAAAUUAGAGCAAUAGGUUGGUCUUACUGUAUGUGUUACUCAAAUGGUGAACCUUCUAAAGUCCAGGCCACUGAUACUCACAUUAGCUUAAUGUUGCAACAGUGACAUGAUGUUGUUCAUAUGGUAUUUUCAAUAUGUCUAAUGUAGCUUCAUGAUUAAUGGUUGUAAUGGGCUUCUCAGUAUGAUACAUACAGCUAAUGAUGCUAUGAAUAUGGGAAUCAAAAUGUACUCUUCGCUCAAUAUAUCAUCUGUCAAACAGUUUCAGAGUUUUCAUCACUAACAUCAACAAUCCUGACAAGUGUAAACGCUUGAAUGAACUACUGUGGGCUUACUUUUAACAGCUCUUCAAUUUGCCAUAUGGUUCUCAGUUUUCUGCCUGGUCAAAGAGACCGCUCCCCUGUUGACUGAAAUAAAGUGCCGUCAAAGCCAA